UUUGUGGCCACGAAUGUGUUACUAAAUAUGCCUUUGCAAGGCAUAUGAAAGUUCACCAAAACACCCCCCACAUCAAAUUUAAAUGUGCUUUUCAUGGUUGUAACCGUUCAUUUGGCAAAGUGUUGUCUUUAAAAUGUCAUGUAUAUAGAGAUCACCCAGGUCAGAGGGAGUCAAGAUUAAGUGAAGGAUGUUCUGGCAUAAGGACAUUAACGUUGGACGUUUUAUUGUCAUGCCACUUCGAUUUCUGUACUGUCAAGUGUGACAGUUUGUCACGUUUAUUUUCUCACUUGAAGACCCACAUUAAAGAGGGAAGACAAGUCAUAUGUCCAUUCAAAAACUGUGGUAACGUGUUUACUGUGAUAUCCACGUUUUCAUCACACUUGUCAAGAACACAUAAAGGUUGUACAGUUGAUGAUCUUUUCAGACAGACAUGGUCAGGUAGAGGUAAUGGAGAGAAUACUGUUGAGCAAGCAGGGUGCUCUCAUGAAGAAGCUGAGGUGUGGGCUUCCAAUGUUAACAAUGAUGACAUAGAGGGAGACCAGGCAGAAGUUUUUCCUGAAAGCACAGAUGAGUCACUUUUCCUAAAGAACUUGGCUUUGUUUUACCUUAAACUUCAAGCUAAGUUGUUGCUCCCAUCUUCAGUUAUACAGAGCAUUAUUGAAGAUUUCCAGGCAGUGCAUGAUAUAAGUCAGUCUCAUCUGUUUCAUAAACUGAGUGAAAAGUUGGCAACUUUGGGGAUUCCUGAUGGUGAUGUUAAGAAUGUAUUAGAUGCCUUGAAAUCCGAUGAUCUAUUUCGGGCGUGCAACACUGGUACUCUAAAAACGGAUAAAAGAAGAAAAACGUUUUUUUUAAAUGAGUUUAGAUAUGUUGAACCAGUGCCUCUGUAUCUUGGGCAGAAUGAAUCUGGAAAGGAAUGCUUUGUUCACUAUGUGCCUGUUAAAGAAACAUGUCAGUCACUUCUUCAGUGUGACUCAGUCAGAGAGCAAGUUCAUUCACACAAGCAGCAGAUGCGGUCUUAUGAUAGACCAAAAGACAUUUUGGAGGAUGUAUGGGAUGGUAUUAAUAUGGCAAGUAAUCCGCUGUUUCAUUUCCGGAAAACCAGGGCAGAAUCAUCUCGGAAUACUUCAAGGCCAAUCCCAGCAACGAUGAAGUAAAGAACGUCCUCUCACAAGAAAACGGUAUUACAUUCCCCUAUAUUCUGGAUCUACUGAUGGCACACUUCAAAGAGCAGAGAGAUGCCCUCAUCUUGCAGGCAGAUGUGUCAGACACAGCAGCAACUGUGAAGACAUCCCUUGCCCUCCCCGAUAGCCCUCGGUUGAUCAUUCUAGGAUCUGGCUGCCUGCACACUUGAAUUCAUACAGAGAAGCUGUGUUGGGAUUAACCCAGAGAGAGGGACAAAGGCACGUCAGGGAAAGGUGACCAGCAAGAAGAGCGGGCGAAUGGUCCUAAAGAAAGCGACAUCCCUGAAUCCGCAUGUGUGCACCCUCUUGAGGAAGCUCAUGGACUUCGAGUGGGACUUUGUAUGAGUUUAUCACUACCCUGACUCUGUCCAUGGAGUUCAGAUGAGUACACAUACACACGCACGCACACAUGCACACACACACACACACACACACACACACACACACACACACAUACACAAACACACCCACACAGACGCACACACCCACACCCACAUCCUUCUAUGUAUGGGUCUCACUUCUUCACAUUGUCCAUGGAGUUCAGAUGAGUACACAUAUACACACUCACUAAUCCUUCAUAUCUAUGGAUGUGUCUCACUCAUUCACAUUGCUAUUUGUAUUUGUAAGGGCUAUUUUUGUUUUAUUUGUAUCUAUUAUCUUAACAAUGUCCAACCAGACAUUAUUUCUGUUAAAUUUUGAAGUUAGCGCACAAUAUUGUUCAACAGCAUAGAUCUGUCAAGUAAAAAACUCUAGCGUACUGGGGAGGCUCUUUCCUUUUGAAACAUAACACUAUUGUCUCAGUCUGUAAAGUACAAUGCACAACGUACAAAUACACACACAUAAAAAAAUUCAUUCACACCAGUAUUUAUAUGUGUAAUAGCUAUUUUGUGUUUUGGGCUAGCACACAGUAUUGUUCAAUAGUCAGUAUUGUUCUGUUAAGUAAAACCCCCUAGCGUAAUGGGGAGGCUCUUUUCUUUUGAAACAUUAGUAUUUACUCAGUUCAUCAAGUACACAUUUUGUCCGAUAACCAUGCACUCACUAGGAAAAACACACUCACACAUGCAACUUAUCCAUACCAUUUUGAUUUCUAAGGGCUAGAAUAUUUGAAUCAGUUAUUUGGAUGCUAUUUUUUGUCAAGGCUAUUCUAAUAAACAAGAAUAUUAUGAAUA